GGCCGAGUGGUUAAGGCGUUGUGUUUAGGUACUUCGAAAGAAGAUCAAAACCGUCCGCAAUUCGAAAGAGCGUGGGUUCGAAUCCCACGGUCCUCACUACUUUUUUGCACUUUUUUCGCAGCCGAAAACACGGAGGUUGUUGGUGCAGUAGAAUAAAUAAGCGAGCUCAAAGAAAUGGUUGACACGUGCUCUUCGGGGAAGAAAAAAGCGACCAGAAUCAAGUACCUUGCACAGCACCAAAAAGAUUCAUUUCUCGUCUUUUUUCAAAGCAGGAACGUCCACAUCAACAUUCUCAUCACCAUCGUUCUUCUUCUUUUGAUUCCUUGACCUAGGGUUUCCAACGAGGUCAAAAGCCUUUUUAUUUUUGCGGACUGUAGCCUUUUGAUAGUAGUCCAGUUUUCCGAGACGAAAACUCCAAGCGUCGUUCUCCCAAGCAGCACCAACUGUAUUCCUGCUGGUGGCACCACGGUCGAGUUUUACAAACCCAUUAAUUGCUCUAGCGAGGGCUUUUCGCAUUUUUGCCUCCCAGUUAUAGGGGAAAAUUGCAUCAGGAGCAUUGGGUACAAAAUACGACCAUGAACGUGUAACCUGAUUGAUAAUCUGAUUUGGCGUCGCAGCAGCUCCAAAAUGGCCAUGCCAACCAAGUCAACCCGAGUAUAACCAGGAUCUUGCCCAUUAUCAAUUGCUCUACCGGAUCUAUCAAUCGCAAGACCUUCGGUUGUUACAAAAAUAUUAUCAGGAAGUGCAACAGCCUUUUGGAAUCCUACAGCAUUGUCAUGCUUAUAUGCAACACAUUUAUACCACUCAAUAUCGCAUGUGCAUACUUCGGCAGCGGCA